CCCGGAGAGUUGUCAAGGUUUUGGUUGUGGAUUAUCCGAGAGGGGAGCAAGGGCGGCUACGCUUGUACAAUGCCGAAUAAACCCAAAAAAGACAAGGAGUCUCCCAAGUCUGGCAAAGUGGGGAAGAGUGGAGGUGGAGGACAGGAAAACAUCGAGCAUGAGAGCUCCAACAGGAAGACGAGCAACAGUGUUCCUCCCACCACUCAGCUGCUAAAGGGGAAGCAGCCAGGUUCCCAGACACCUGUCAAAAAGGACAAGAGGCAAAGCUCCUCUCGCUUCAGCCUGAGCAACAGCAGGGAGCUGCAGAAACUCCCCGCUUUCAAAGACGUUCCCCCAGCAGAGCAGGAGAAGCUGUUCAUCCAGAAGCUGCGUCAGUGCUGCGUCCUCUUCGACUUCGUCUCGGACCCCCUGAGCGACCUAAAAUGGAAGGAGGUGAAGCGAGCCGCUCUGAGCGAGAUGGUGGAAUACAUCACCCACAACAGGAAUGUCAUCACAGAGCCCAUCUACCCAGAAGUAGUUCAUAUGUUUGCUGUGAACAUGUUUAGGACGUUGCCUCCUUCAUCAAACCCCACCGGUGCAGAGUUUGACCCUGAGGAGGAUGAGCCCACGCUAGAGGCGGCAUGGCCACAUCUACAGCUGGUGUAUGAAUUUUUCCUACGGUUUUUAGAGUCACCAGACUUCCAACCUAACGUUGCCAAAAAGUAUAUUGACCAGAAGUUUGUAAUGCAGCUCUUAGAACUUUUUGACAGUGAAGAUCCCAGAGAAAGAGAUUUUUUAAAAACCACUCUGCAUCGCAUCUACGGCAAGUUCCUGGGUCUGCGAGCGUACAUUAGGAAACAGAUAAAUAACAUAUUUUAUACGUUCAUUUAUGAAACGGAGCGCCAUAAUGGCAUAGCGGAACUACUGGAAAUACUCGGCAGCAUAAUUAAUGGGUUUGCUUUGCCACUGAAAGAAGAGCACAAAAUAUUUCUACUGAAAGUCCUUCUGCCUUUACACAAAGUCAAAUCUCUGAGUGUUUAUCACCCACAGCUGGCCUACUGUGUGGUCCAGUUCUUAGAGAAGGACAGCACCCUCACAGAGCCGACCGUCAUGGCUUUGUUAAAAUAUUGGCCAAAGACCCACAGUCCCAAGGAGGUGAUGUUCCUCAACGAGCUGGAGGAGAUCCUGGACGUCAUCGAGCCCUCGGAGUUCGUCAAAGUCAUGGAGCCUCUUUUCAGACAGCUCGCCAAGUGUGUGUCGAGUCCACACUUUCAGGUGGCCGAGCGCGCGCUGUAUUACUGGAACAACGAGUACAUCAUGAGCCUGAUCAGCGACAAUGCCGCCAAGAUCCUUCCCAUCAUGUUUCCAGCCCUUUACCGCAACUCCAAGACCCACUGGAACAAGACAAUCCACGGUUUGAUCUACAACGCUCUGAAACUCUUUAUGGAGAUGAAUCAGAAGCUGUUUGACGACUGCACCCAGCAGUUCAAAGCGGAGAAAAGCAAAGAGAAAAGCAAAUGGAAGGAGAGGGAAGAUGCGUGGCUGAAGAUAGAGAAUCUUGCAAAGUCGAACCCACAGUUUUUGGUGUACAUUGACCCUCCAGGAUCAGGCGGUCCAAUGGACAUGGAGACAGAUGUGCAGCUGAUAGAAGAUGUCAGUGUGUUAAAGCAAACAGUAGAGGAGGGAGCCACACAGAUCCAAAAAGAUCAACGCAGAGAACGGCCCUUGGUGAGGAGGAAAUCAGAGCUUCCGAAAGACAUCUCCACCGUCACGGCGUUGGAGUUGCACCGAAGAGCCGAGGAAAUGUUGACGACGCACGAUGCCCAAUAAGAGACAGAGACCCAACCUUUAAAAUGAAUCCAAAAAAAGAAAGAAAGGGAAAAAAAAAUAAAAAUUGCGGCGGCAUCCACAGAGGAACCACAGGCCCACAGAGGGCCAGCACAACAACAGAACUCUGGUAUCUCAGCGCAGAACAGGCCAAGAAAACUCCCGACACUGAAAAUGUCUGAAGCUACCCGUUUAAGUAAGCUUUGAAAGGACAAGAGGUGGUUGUCCUCCCUCACUUCCCAAAACCCGGCCUUCCCUUGCUGGGAUGCAGAGACCAGUCCUGAUCUCUACAUCUCUUACCCCAAAACGAGCGUUUUUUUUGUUUUUUUUUCUCCUCUUCCCUAGUUUCUCUGUCUCCUCAGCUUGUGUUUUUGAGGUCCUGUGCUGCCCUCUUCUGGUCAUUCUUCUCAGGUGUUCUGUUCAGUGUGUGAGCUGUCUGAUCUUCUUGCCUCUUAUCUAUAGAUGUCAGGUGCUUGUUAAAAUAGUACGAGCCCUUAGCUAUAUUAGGUCAAAGAUUUAAAACAAACAAACAAGCAAAAAAAACAUAAUUUGGUGAACCAAGUCAGCUGUUUAUACAUAUAUACAUAUAUAUUUAAUAUUAGCUAUUUUUCUCAUAACAUUUGAACAAAACAGCUGUCUAUAUUUUUCCGUACGUAGUAUAUGAGGAGCUUGUCUCAUAAAAAAAAAAAAAAAAAAAGACGAGACGGUUCUUUUAAUGUGUAACCAUUUUGUUGGUUGCUCAGAUGUUUUUCAUUCUCUUGACGAAAACAGACAAACCAUCGGGGUUUAAUCAGUUGGAUUCCUCCACAUCUCUGUGAAGAAGUCUAUUUUGGUGCCAACCGCUUUCAUUUUUCCACUUCACUGAAAAACUUUAGGUCAGUAGGCAAUAAGUUAGCAAAGCUAAACCUGGUCUGCAGCUUCACUUACUCAUAAGAUGGGAUUUACUUUAACUCGUCCAUUCGCAUCCAUUCAGAACAAAUCCUCAAUACGACUCUUUUAUGACCACUCGAAGAGAGGUGUGGGUUUGGCGCAUGUAAUCAAGCAGAAAUUGGGUGGAUCUUUUUUUUUUUUUUUUUGCGAGGCAACCCUCGCUAGAAGCCGAAGAGGUGCGUUUAGUUUUUCAAGCCUUUCCUUUCACAGUGCCUUUUUUUUUUAUUUUCAUCGAAGGGGACAUUUGCUGCAGAUUGAAGUAUUAACAACACGUAACGUGAAACGCCAGCUCAUUGGAGAAAUUUGUACAAUUAGUACCAAAAAAAAAAAAAAAAAAAUACGACGCGUUCCAAGCAGGACGCGUCACGCUGCUUGGCCUCCCGCACCUUGCCUUGUCGAAGCCGCGUAACCGAGAGCAGAGGCGGUGCGGUCUCUCCCCCCCACCCACCAAGCAAGCCACUUCAGCAAAUUAAGCACUUCCUGGUAAAACUUGAAAGAAAAAGGAAACAGCAUGUAAAAAAGAAAAAAAAAAAGUAAAAACAAUAAAUAAAUGAAAAAAAAAAGUAGUGCAGAGAUUAAAUCCAUGAUGCUGUCUGUGUUAGCGUGAAGGGGUCGCCCGCCCCCUCCCCCGCCCCGCGGUGCCUGUCAUAAAGAGCUCGCCUCCCAUCUCAACCGUCCCAUUCCGCCUUUUAUGUUUUGCUUUCACCCUGUCCACUCAGACCUGCGCUCUCCCCUUUUUCCUCGGCGAUAAAUAAAAAAAAACAAACAAAAAAAACAAUAAAAUUGGAAGAGCUGCUUCUGGAUGCUCUCGAGUUCAUUUUGUUGUGGUUUUACUCCUCCUCCACCUGCAGAACCUCGUCGUCAGUGUUUCAACCGAAUGUGCAAAUUGUAAAUUAUAUUGAAAGUCACUGUUCUGUUUCUCUCCAUGUUCGUCCUGAAGAACAAUGGUCACCAAAAGGUGCGCGCCAACGCCUCUCCUGCACCUUUUGCUCUAGACUCUCGUAUGGAAUGGAACGGGCACGGGAGGAUUGGAGUCGUCGCGCCGCGCCCUGUUGGUUUCUCUUGUUCUUAAAAUGGCUUUAAUACUGGCUUCUUUGGAGCUCUUUUCAUCUUACAUAAGCUUUUUUUUAAAAGAUUUUUUUAUUGCAAGUGUCCUUUAGUAUUUGUCAUACUAAAUGGCUGGCUUCGUUGUACAUAUAAUGUACUUUUAUGUUAUAUCUAUUAUUAAAUGGUAGAUUUCAUAUUUUGUACAAACUAUCCUGUGUAUAGAAAUCAGAUAUUCUUAGCAACUGCAAACGGUUGGUAUGUGGCACAAAGUUCCAACACUUUAAAACUAUUGACAAUUAGGAAAACGACUAGGAUUUGGAUUUUAGUUUUCAAUCUUUGUAAACCAACAUCUUUUCCGUUUUGAUUCUUCCACAUCCAGCCAUGUUUUUUGCUCCUUACAUAAAUGAGGUUUUUGUGCUUGCUUUUAUCCGAAACCUUCAGUGGUGUACAUCUAUCUAUAUACAACAAAUAAAGAGAACGUGAGUUUUAUAUUUUCAUCCUAAAAACGCUGCUGUGACUCAGUCUCUCUACGCUCAGCUUCUUUUCUUUUUUAUGUGCGCUGAAAGAUUAGUCAUUAUUUAUUCUCAGGUCUUACUUUUUUUUUUAAUGCCCUGUCCAGUUAUAUAAAAGUCGCAUCCAUCGGCCUACUCAUCCUUCCGUUUGAUACAAAUACCUAUCAUUCAUCUGUUUUCCCAUCCUUCUAUCAUCCGUUCCCCCACCUGUCCAAAUAUCAUUCAUUCCUCCUUUUCAUUUCUCCAUCCAACCAACGCUCCAUUUUUCCCAUCAUCCACCUCUGUCCAUUCAGCAAUCCUUCAGUCAUUCUUCCACCCAUCUGCCAACCAUCUCACCAUCUGUUGCACACCUAUCAAUCCAACUAUCACUCCAUUUGUCCAUUAUCCAUCCCUCCGUUUUUAUCCAGGUGUCAUCAAACCAUUAAUCUGUCCAUGUCACUUACGUCAACCUUCGUUCCUUCUACAAAUGUUU